AUGGUAUCAUCUGGCCAGAACUACUUCGAAGGAACUGUGGCCAUCAAUAACGUCCCGCAUACGAUUAGCUGCUCCUGUCAGGAGGCACUAAAUGUUGAUCCGAAAUUCGCGUUGGCCUCUUGGAACUCGGAUGCGAAAACGUGUGCUGUCACGUCAUCGAAAAUUGUCUUGGAGCGGCCCGCGGCUGUUGAGGUUGAGAACGCGUUGACGGACGACGAGGUCAGUGAGUACUACGGCCAGCCACGCGUGAUGAAGAUAGUGCCGCUGGCUAUGGGCGAGGGAAAGAAUAUAUUGCCAUAUUCGGAGAUGUACUGUGCUGACUCACGCUGGACCUCCGCACGACCCUUUAGUCUUGGCGGCGACCUGGGGGAGCUGUUAUUGGUGCUAAAUAGCUUCGAGACUGUCGUCGGUGGCACGGGGUUAUCGGAUGAGACCAUUGUAAACGUGCUCACUGCGUGGGUCAGCACACUAUCAACGCAACAACAGGCCGACGGACCGGCACUGACGUUUUGCACUGACAGAGAAGCGCUCAACCAGCUGGCGUCCGACCUCGGGGUGAGCUCGGGUCUGGGGUUGCAGCAAGCCCCCGAGUCUCAGAGGCCGGCUUUGAUUCAGGGGCUUUCCUCUGACGUCUCACACCACGGUGACGUUCUGUGGCGGUGCCUGAUUGGCUCGCCAGAGACUUAUCAAAUUCGCGCCCAGCUCAUCAAAAGCUUCCUUAACGCAUACUUCACACUGCUCUGGGCCGCUCAAUACCCGCAAAGUAUCGGCGUCCACAUACACUCCGGCUCUGGGACCUCCUCCUCCGGCUCUGGGACCUCCUCCUCCGGCUCUGGGACCUCCUCCUCCGGCUCUGGGACCUCCUCCUCCGGCUCUGGGACCUCCUCCUCCUCCUCUGGGAUACCCACGCCAGGCGCAGUAUUGGCGGUUCAGGAACCAGAUGGCUGCAGCAACCAUGCCGUCGCCAUCUCGCCCACGCAGCAGACUCUCGACACCGUCUUGACUGCAUACAUAUAUAAUCCCCAAGCAGCCUCAGAACGUCGCGAACAACUCGUCAAGUUCAUUGCGCCUCUAGUCAACGGCGACGGAACCACCACUCUACCCGUCGCCCACCGCAAGGCUCAGACCUGGGCCGAAACAUGUCUCUCCUCCACCUUCCCGGACACUCCCAUCUACACGGUUCAACUGCAACAGUAA